CUCCUCUGGUUACACAAUGGGGAAGGUGAGCAGCAGCCCGGACUGUUGUGAUUAAAGGAGUUUCAACUCGGCGUCGUCGGAGGUCGACCUACCAAGAAGAACACACCCGGUCGGUUUGAAAAUGGAGAGUGGAGAGGACAGUGUCCUCCGCUGCAGAGCCGUCCCUCAGACGCUCCCCUUCCCUGAUGUAGACAGCUCUUUGAAUAAGGAAUGUCAUCAGGGUGAACACCAGCAAGCCAAUGGAGGUAACCACGUUACCAGCAAUGGAACAAUUGAAGUGGAACAGGUGAUCAGCAAAAAGCUACAACUGAAAAGAAAAGCAGAGUUCCUGAAGAGUGACCUGAUGCAUCAGUUUGACAGUCAGGUCAAUGACUUCAUGGACAGUCUCAUCGAGGAGUCGGCCAUCCUGGAGCCUACGCCUGUUCCUGCUGCCUUCUCACCGCCGCUGUCUGACAAGGAGAGGAGCAAACUCGGCCAUUUCCGGCCUCCUCAUGGCCAGGGCAAGCAGUUUGUCAGUCGCCGGUCCCUCUUAGAUGAGCUGUUUGAGGUGAACCACAUCAGGACUAUCUACCACAUGUUUAUUGCCCUGCUCAUCAUCUUUAUCCUCAGUACACUGGUGGUAGAUUUCAUUGAUGAAGGCAGACUGGUGCUGCACUUUGACUUGCUGGUCUACGCAUUUGGACAGUUCCCUCUGGUGGUGUGCACGUGGAUCUGCAUGUUCCUCUCUGUGUUGCUGGUUCCUUACUCGCUGUUUUACCUGUGGGCGCAGACCCAGUCUGGGUCUUACCCUCACCCCGGGUUGUACAGUUGGCUGUUUGGCUCUGUAUUCCUGCUCUACCAAGCUGUGGGUGUGGGGUUCCUGCCUACAUAUGUGGUGGUGACCAACAGUUUCCCGCCUGCAUCGUGCUUCAUCGUCAUCCUGGAACAGGUGCGUCUAAUGAUGAAAGCCCACUCCUUUGUCAGGGAGAAUGUACCAAGAGUCCUGACCUGGGCUAAAGAAAAGACCAGCCCCAGCCCAGUGGUCCCUCAGGUCUCUCAGUAUCUCUACUUUCUGUUCGCACCUACACUCGUCUACAGAGACCAGUACCCCAGGAACCCAGUGAUCAGAUGGGGCUACGUAGCCACAAAGUUACUUCAGGUGCUAGGCUGUAUGUUUUAUGCCUAUUACGUGUUUGUGCGGCUGUGCAUCCCUCAGUUCCGCAGCAUCAGUCUGCAGCUGUUUGACCUGAGGGCCAUGGUCCUCUGUGUCUUUAACUCCAUCUUGCCAGGAGUGUUGAUUCUCUUCCUGGCGUUCUUUGCCGUCCUCCACUGUUGGCUUAAUGCUUUUGGUGAGAUGCUCCGAUUUGCAGACAGGAUGUUUUACAAGGAUUGGUGGAACUCAACCUCUUUUGCUAAUUACUAUCGGACUUGGAAUGUAGUGGUCCAUGACUGGCUGUACUACUAUGUGUACUGGGACUUCCUGUGGAUUUCUCAGAAGCGUUUCAGACCGGUGGCCAUGCUGUUUGUGUUCACAGUGUCUGCAGUGGUCCACGAGUACAUCCUUGCAGUCUGCUUUGGUUUCUUCUAUCCCGUCCUCUUCUGCCUCUUUAUGUGCUUCGGAAUAAUGUUCAACUUCAUUCUGCAUGACCAAAGGAAAGGUCCCAUCUGGAACAUAAUCAUGUGGACGUCCCUCUUCCUGGGCCAGGGAGUCAUAAUCUGUCUGUACUCCCAGGAGUGGUAUGCCCAGCGCUACUGCCCUCUGAAGGAGCCUUCAUUCCUUGAGUUACUGAAGCCUCGCUCCUGGAGUUGUCAGAGAGGCCUGAUGGAGGACUCUGAUAGGCUGUGAUCUACGUUUGGACGACUACUGAGGAUCAUCACUCAUCAGAAUACAUCCGACCAGCCUUUGUGUUACUGUCAUCAUUUCUGAUCUUUCUAGUUUGUUUUGUUUCAGUGCCAAAAUGUUCUGUACUCUAACAGAAAAGUCACAGUAAUGCCUGACAUGUUUGUUUUAUGUUUUCAAAAACAAACCCUACAAAAUUACAAGUUCACAUAAAAUCCCACGUGAACUCUUAUAUUUUCAUUUACCAUUUA